CCGAGACACCGACCAAAAAUUGGGGAUAGAAAAACACGACAGGCUCAGGGGACAAGGAAACUUUGCCGGAGCUUUCUUUCUUUUCAAUAAUUUUGGUCUCAUCACCAUUAUUAGCCUCUUGCAACUUUUCCCAAAUGAUGUUACGCUAUCAUCAUCAUCCCCCUUCCCUCCAUUUCUACUUGUACUCAUAGGAAAAAAGGUUUAAGGCUAUGCAGACUUGGACCUAUUUUGAAAACCAUUAGAUCUUUGUACAUUAUCCAAAUUUCGAAAUAGUGAAUUUGGGAUGGUUUUUUGGCUACCGUGCUGCUUUAAAGAAGGAAAUUUAGGGGUGUGCCGCUCUGCAUAUUGAUUGUACCCCUAGAUGGAGGCUCCAUCCAAAGUAGUAGUUGGAUCACAAGUCUGGUUGGAGGAUCCUGAGGUGGCUUGGAUAGAUGCCGAUGUUUUGGAAAUCAAUGAUCCAAAUAUUAAAGUUAAAUGUUCAAAUGGAAAAGAACUAGUAAUUAAUGCAUCCAAUGUGUACCCUAAAGAUCCUGAGUUUCCUAAAAAUGGAGUGGAUGAUAUGACAAAGCUGGCUUAUCUGCACGAACCGGGGGUUCUACAAAAUUUAAAAAGUCGGUACGAUAAUGAUGAAAUUUAUACUUACACAGGAAAUAUUUUAAUAGCUGUGAACCCUUUUAAAAGAAUACCUCAAUUGUAUGAGAAAGACAUAAUGGCAAAAUACAAAGGGGCGGCUCUUGGGGAAUUGAGUCCACAUCCUUAUGCUAUUGCACAUGCUGCCUACAGGCAGAUGGUUAACGAGGAAAUAAGUCAGUCAAUUCUUGUUAGUGGAGAAAGUGGAGCUGGUAAAACAGAAAGCACAAAGAAUCUUAUGCAGUAUCUUGCGUUUAUGGGAGGUCGGCCUUCAUCUGAGGGGCGACGGAGUGUGGAGCAGCAAGUUUUAGAAUCUAAUCCGGUUCUAGAAGCGUUUGGCAAUGCAAAGACAGUCAGAAACAAUAAUUCAAGUCGUUUCGGUAAGUUCGUUGAGAUCCAGUUUAAUGAACGGGGGAGAAUCUCUGGAGCUGCUAUAAGAACUUAUUUGCUGGAAAGAUCACGUGUCUGUCAAGUUUCUGACCCUGAGAGAAAUUAUCAUUGCUUUUACAUGUUAUGCUCUGCACCACCCGAGGAGUCUGAAAAGUACAAAGUUGGAGAUCCCAAGACGUUUCAUUACCUUAAUCAAUCAAAUUUUUUCAAACUGAAUGGAGUGGAUGAGUCUCAAGAGUACCUUGCCACAAAGAAGGCUAUGGAUGUUGUUGGGAUCAGUUCUGAUGAGCAGGAUGGUAUAUUCCGUGUUGUUGCUGCAAUUCUCCACUUAGGUAACAUUGAAUUUGCCAAGGGGAGUGAACCAGAUUCCUCACAACCUAAGGAUGAUCAAUCUCGAUUUCAUCUAACAACUGCAGCUGAGCUAUUCAUGUGUGAUAAGACGGCUCUUGAAGAUUCUUUUUGCACGCGUGUGAUUGUAACUCGUGGUGAAAGCAUCAAAAAGUGCCUCGAUCCGACUGCUGCAGCUAUCAGUAGGGAUGCAUUUGCCAAAAUAGUUUAUUCAAAAUUAUUUGACUGGCUUGUCAACAAGAUUAACAAUUCCAUUGGUCAAGAUUCCGACUCAAAAUUCUUCAUUGGGGUUCUGGAUAUUUAUGGAUUUGAGAGUUUCAAGACAAACAGUUUCGAGCAGUUUUGCAUUAAUCUAACUAAUGAGAAACUGCAACAACAUUUUAAUCAGCAUGUUUUCAAGAUGGAGCAAGAAGAAUAUACUAGGGAGGAAAUAAACUGGAGUUACAUAAAGUUUGAGGACAAUCAAGACAUUUUAGAUCUCAUUGAAAAGAAACCUGGGGGAAUCCUUGCUCUUCUGGAUGAGGCUUGCAUGUUUCCAAGAUCUACACAUGAAACGUUUGCAGAGAAGCUUUAUCAAACGUUCAAAGAUCAUAAACGUUUUAACAAGCCAAAGCUGGCAAAAACAGAUUUCACCAUUUGUCACUAUGCCGGUGAUGUCACGUAUCAAAGUGAGUUUUUCUUGGAUAAGAACAAGGACUAUGUUGUUGCAGAGCAUCAAGCACUCUUAAAUGCUUCAAAAUGCUCAUUCGUAGCACACUUAUUCCCACCCAUGCCAGAGGAGUCAUCUAAAUCGUCAAAGUUCUCAUCAAUAGGUUCUAUGUUCAAGCAACAACUACAAGCUUUGCUUGAGACUCUCAGUCAUACAGAACCACAUUAUGUUCGUUGCGUCAAACCCAAUAAUCUUUUAAAGCCUGAUAUCUUUGAGAAUCAGAAUAUACUGCAACAACUUCGGUGUGGGGGAGUUAUGGAGGCAAUUAGAAUCAGUACUGCUGGGUUUCCUACUCGUAAAGAGUUUAGGGAAUUUGUAGAGCGCUUCAAAGUCCUUGCACCUGAUGCUGUAAAAAAAUGCAAUGAUGACGUCAGUUGUUCAAAGAUGCUAUUAGAGAAGGCAAAGCUAGAAGGUUAUCAGAUAGGUAAAACAAAAGUGUUUCUCAGAGCUGGUCAAAUGGCCGAGCUUGAUGCUUACAGAACUCAGGUUUUAGGAAGAUCUGCAACCAAAGUCCAGACAAAAUAUCGCUCGCAUUCUACACACAAGAAGUAUAUCUUGUUACAAAAUUCAGCUUUACCACUACAAACUAUUUGUAGAGGGCAAGUCGCACGUAACCGCUUUGAGCAACGAAGGAAAGAAGCAGCGUCUUUGACUAUCCAGAAAUCCGCACGCAUGUUUCUCAGGGUGAAAGCUUACAGGUCGUUAUGCAGUUCAGCUAUUAGAAUCCAGGCUUCAAUUCGUGGGUUGGCUGCAACCAAUAUGUAUCUUCACAAACGGAAAACCGAAGCAGCAAUCAUUUUACAGGCUCAAUGCCGGCAAGAUUUGGUCCGCCUUCCUUAUUUGAGGACAAUCAAAGCCGCACUAAUAACUCAGUCUGUUUAUAGAGGACUAUAUGCACAGGGAGAACUAAAGAAGCGUAGAAUGGCUGCAAAGGAUACUGGUGUUCUUAAAGAUGCCAAAUCUAAACUGGAACAACAAGUCAAAGAACUGACCUGCCAAUUGGAGCAGGAGAGACAAGCGAGGGUUGAUAUGGAGGAGGCUAAGAAUCAGGAAAUUGCAAAGUUACAGUUAUUCUUGAAAGAGAUAACAGAGUAUCCCAUAAAGGAAGAGGGGUCUGCACAGAUAGAAAUUGGGCAACUUCCGGCACCUGAAGAGAUUCCUAUUACUGGCAAUGAGGCGAUUGAUAAGCUUACUGCUGAAAAUGUGAAACUCAAGUACAUGGCUAGUGCACUGCAAAAGAAAUUUGACGAGGCCCACAAACUGUGUGAAGAGAGGUCGCAGCAGGCUAGGGAUGCAGAGUCGAUGGUGAUCGAGUUGAAGACCUCCAUGCAAAGCCUUCAAGAAAAACUUUGCGACAUAGAGACUGAGGAUCUCAUUCUGCGUCAGCAAGUGAUGAUGCAACCAUCUAGUGCAUCUUCUAUGAUGACCAAGGACCAAGAGAAUGGUCAACAAGAACCACAGAGUGCCGGACAAGUGAAGAGAUACAAUAGCAGCUCGAGGGGUUCUAUGAAUGAAAAGCAGAAUGAGCAUGUUGAAGCUCUUCUUGCAGCUGUUAGACAAGAGCUUGGUUUCAGUCAAGGACAACCAGUUGCUACAUAUAUCAUAUACAAAAGCCUUUUACACUGGAAAUGUUUUGAAGCUGAAAAAACAAAUGUGUUUGAUCGUGUUAUUCAGAUGAUCGGUUCAGCAAUAGAGAAAGAGCAUGACAACAAACAUUUGGCUUAUUGGCUCUCGACCACAUCUACAUUGCUAUUUUUGCUGCACAGGAGUUUAUGCCCUGCUCAGAAAUCAUCACAGACACCGUCAUUAUUUGGAAGGAUGACUCAAGGAUUUAAAUCAUCGUCUUUCAGCGAUGUAGUGCGCCAUGUAGAGGCCAAGUACCCAGCUUUGCUUUUUAAGCAACAAUUAACUGCUUAUGUUGAAAAAAUCUAUGCAAUUAUUCGUGACAAUUUGAAGAAGGAUUUGGCGCCACUUCUCUCCUCUUGUAUUGAGGCACCACGAACGCCAAAAGACAACCCUCCUCCAUCUAGUCACUGGGAAAGUAUCAUUGAAUGCCUAAAUGGCAUGCUCAAUAUAUGUAAAGAAUACCAUGUGCCAGCAGUUCUUGUUCAGAAGAUCUUCAUUGAAGCUUUCUCUUACAUCAAUGUGCAGCUUUUCAACAGCCUUCUUAUACAUCAAGAGUGCUGCACAUUCAGAAAUGGGGAAUAUGUGAAAUCUGGGUUAGUUGAGUUGGAGCAGUGGUGUGAUCAGACCACAAGAGAGUAUGUAGGCUCAUCAUUGGAUGAACUUCAACACACGAGCCAAGCAGUUGGAUUUCUGGUUAUACCACAGAAGUCUAAGAUUGGCUACGAUGAACUCACAACUAAGCUAUGCCCUGUUCUAAGCGUUCAACAACAUCAUAGACUUUGCACGCUCUACUCAGACGAUAACAAUAGUGGAAGUGUAACCCCAGAAGUUAUAUCCAACUUGAAAGUCUUAAUGAAGUCUGCUGCUGAUACUGAAAGUAAAGCUUAUUUGCUGAAAGACAAUUCUAGCACUCCUUUCUCAACCGAAGAAAUUAACCACUGCCUUCAUGAGAAGGAUUUUGCAGAUGUAAAACCUAGUGGUGAACUCCUUGAAAAUCCAGCUUUCCAAUUUUUACUGGAGUAG